GUUGCAGAUGUAGGAUAUUUUUUGGAUUGGCUAGGAUUCUCCCAAAAGCUACUGAUAAUUUUCAUGUAAAUCAGAUGAGCGCUGUAGGUUUAAAGGCAACAAUUGGUUAUGCUGCAGCAGGGUAUGGCACAGGGAGUGAGGUGACCAUGUCCAGUAAAGGAUAUUGCUACAGGAUACUCUUGUUGGAAAUGGUCACAAGGAAGAGACCAACUGAUAACACUUUCAAAGAUGAUUCCACAUUUCAUGCUUACACAGAGUUGGCAUUGCCCGAACAAGAGACUCAAAUUGUAGAUCCACUGCUUUUACAUGGUUCCAUAGCUUCUAUCAGCACAAGUUUUAGAGAAGCAUGCAUGAACAUAAAUAAAAUGGAAGAGUGCUCGAUUUUGGUCUUGAGAAUUGGCCUUGCUUGCUCAAUUGAAUCACCUAAAGACCAAAUUGACAUCAGCUAUGCAACCAAUCAAUUGAUCAGGAAUAACUUUUUCAGGACUCAAGUUCAUGAAGCAAGAUAGAAAUUCCUGCCAUGAGUUGGCUAGGGGUCCAAGAUACACAUUGGUGCAAGAAAAACCU